AUGGCAAGCGCCUCGGCAGUUGAAGCUGCGACUGAUAUUUCCUUCCACUCUGUGCAAACCUUCCCCGAGAACAGCUACGGAUUUGUCAACCUGUCGAAAAUGGAAGCGGAGAAGGUAGCGAAGAAGCUGAAUGGGACCAUCUUGAAGGGGAAGAAACUCAAAAUUCACGAAGCGCGUCCGUCCAAAUGCCAGCUGCCAGAUAGUGAAACCGUCCCAGCUCCCAGCUCCACCUCGCCUCAGUCUAGAAUUGAGAAGGCUUCCAAAAAACGAAAGAGUACAGAUAAUAUUGUCGGUGGGUUUGAAUUGCCUCAAGGUCGACAUGUAAAACGUGGUUGGACAGAGCCCGCAGGCCACGCCAAGCGCAGUCGCAAACCGGAUGAAAAAGGAAAGCACAAGUCUCGGCCGUCGAAAUAUAUCGAGAAGCCUGAAUGUCUGUUCAGGGUUACAGUGCCUCCAAAUCGGGCUGAUAUCACCAAAGAGAGGAAUAAAUCGUCAGAGAAGAAGAGAAGCAAGCACCCGAAAAAGGGAGUGGUUGUGCAUGAGUUUGAGAAUUUAACUACAAUCCCGAGUUUUUUCAGAACUGGUGAGAAACCUUCAGAAUCCAGCCUCACCAGCGAGUAUUUGGAUGGCAAGGGCUGGUUGGAUGGCGCAGGCAACGUGAAAGAGGAGCCUGUUGUUGAAAAGAGACCUAGAGUGAAACAAGCACCAAUGGAGUCAAAAAAAUUCCGGGAAAGUAAGGAGGACCUAGCGGACAGAGCUACCCCGCGGGUACUGACUUCCGGUGAAGCGGACAAUGAUGAGACUACUUCUAGUGGAUCUUCAAGUGAAAAUUCUUCUGAGGAAGAGGACAGCGAUUCAGAUGAAAGCGAUAAAACAGGCGCUACAUUCUCGUCCCCCUCGUCUUCUAGCGUAAACGACUCAGCGGUGUCAUCUUCCUCUUCAGAAAAUGGUGCAGGGGAUGAAGAAGAUGUGCAGAGCGAAAGUGACGCACAAAUCAAACAACCAAAUAACACCCUAAAAACCAUUACCCGACGAUCCAUCCUCGUAACUCCCAGCAAAGACUCCACGAACCCAGCCGUCACUAGGAAAGUAAGUCACCCAGCCCAAGACUCCAACCUGAACCAGCCACCGGCAAUGUCCACAGAAGUUCAUCCCCUGGAAGCGCUUUUCAAACGUCCCGCCAAACGACGGGGGCCCAAAGAUUUGGAAACACCCUUAGAAAUAAACACUCAAUUCAGCUUCUUUGGCGAAGGAUGUGGCGAUAAUGAUGAUAUUGAACAAGAAAGAGAUGACCACGCCAUUACCACCAUGGAGAAUGGCCAUAAUCACUUCUCCCUCGAUGCAGGAGAGCCCCAAACCCCUUUUACGAAACAUGACCUUAUGUCAAGAACAGUACGAAGCGGCGCACCUACACCAGACACUACUGCGCCCAACAAGAGUAGAUUUUGGGGUGAUUUUGAUAUUCAUCAAUACGGGAACAGUGAUGGAGCUGAAGUUGGUUCAGCUACUCCCUCAAAAUCAGCCGAGACUGUUGAUACUGCCCCUACCGAGAAGAAUAAGGAAGAGGAAAAGGAUGAGAGCGAAUUUGCAAAGUGGUUUUGGGAAAAUCGGGGCGAGAAUAAUCGGGCGUGGAAGAGGAGGCGGCGGGAGGCGGCGAAAAUGAAGAGGCAGAGGGAGAACAGGCAGAAAGGGAUCAGGGGGAAGUAG